CAUUUCACGCGUUAGUCGGCACCUACGCGCAGACAGAACGUAACAUCAUAAAAAACCUUAUUACGAAAAAAAAUCAACAGUAGUAUAUUGUCUAUGGUAUCCUAAUUCAAGUGAUUCGUGUAUAGAACGAUGCUAUCGUGUGUAUGGUUGCUGUUGAAUGGAGCGUUUUGGCGGCAAAGUUGGGAAUCAUCGGAUUUGACAGAUGAGCUUCGCGCGCUUUUUCUUCAGUUGUCGUAGGUGCUCGCUAGAUGGCGCUGUACGGGGUUCGUAGGUAGGCGCUAAGCUGACGGUAUCAGGACGACCACCUCAUGGGAAAAACUUCUGGGGGACGUCCCGAGGCUGGAGUCCGAGCUCACAGAGUUAAUAGCCGCAGGGAGUCGGGUGUGUCGUGGGGUCGUCGUGGGCGCGGUGUGGGCGGCGUGGGCGGCGUGGGCGGCGGGGCGCGCGGCGCGGGCAGCGCGAGCGCGUGGCGACGGCGCGAACGUCUCGCGCAGUCUCGUAGGCCCAUGGAGAUCCUCACCAGCCUGUAUGCGCUGCUCUCUGGAGGGCAAGGUGUUAAUCCGAAGAUCGACUCCGUAGCCUUCCGCCUACACUGUGGAGCGACCACUGCAGCACUCCUCGCUGCUAGCGCUGCUCUAACUACACGCCAUCUCGUGGGCAACCCUAUAGACUGCAUUCAUACUAGGUAG